CUCCUUUAGACUUGUGGCGUCAUGUUUCUGUGAAGGGGUGGGGGCGCGUAGAGCAGGGAGGUGGAGUUUCCUCCAGAGUUUCUAACUUGUUUUUGAGCUCACUAAUAUUUCAGACUCCUUUGACAAAGCUUAUUUUUUAUUUAUUUUGUAAAAACGCCUGUAAAGGAUGUGGACGGCGUGCAGCACAGUCAUGCUUCACCUGCUCAAAGGGUUGCUUUUGUUUUCUUGUCUUAGUUCAGCACUUCCCUCUCAAAAUGACUCCAGGCCUCUCCUGCGGACGUUCUCGGGUCACUUUGUGAUGGUGAAGGAUAAGCCUGUAGAGGAUAUCGACCUGGACAUCAUGGGUGGAAGUGGAGGUUCAGGCAUGGAGACAGAGCAGGAGGCCGGAAAGUGGCACAGCCAGCGCCGCCAACCUCCAGAGCAGUACUUUGUGUCAGAGGAAGCUAAAGGGUUUCUCCAGGGUCGCCUGGCAACAACCUUUGUCCCAACCGUUUACACCCUGGUCUUCAUCAUCAGUGUGCCCCUCAACCUUGUUGCCAUGGUGAUGUUUGUGCGCUACAUCCGUCCCAAGAAGGCUGCUGUGAUCUACAUGCUGAACCUGGCCUGCGCUGACCUGCUUUUUGGCCUGUUCCUUCCUUUCAGAAUAGCCUACCAUUACCAUGGCAACGACUGGAUCUAUGGCUCCUUCAUGUGCAGACUUGUCACGGCCUCCUUCCACUGCAACAUGUACUGCUCCGUCCUGCUGGUCACAUGCAUCAGCAUUGACCGUUUCCUGGCUGUGGUUUACCCCAUGGACUCUCUGAAGUGGCGCAGCCCUCAGACCGCCGCGGCUGUGUGUGCCGCCAUGUGGCUCCUGUCCCUGGGUGGUGUCUGCCCCCUCCUCAUGUCAACACAGACCGUACAGUUGUCAGAUCUGGGGAUCACCACCUGUCACGAUGUGCAGGGAGUAGAAAAGCUUCAAGGUUUCUACCUCUACUUCUUUCCCAUCUACUCCUCGGUUUUCUUCUUCCUCCCUCUCGUCUUCACUGCAGUCUGUUACAUCCGCAUCCUUCAGACUCUGGCAGAGGCCAACGUGGAGAACCGCUCUAAGAAGAGCCGCGCCAUGGUCAUGGCUGGGACGGUCCUACUGGUGUUUGUGGUCUGCUUCACUCCCACCAACAUCAUCCUGAUGGUUCAUUAUGUUCAGCUGGCCCACAAGUCCAGCGACGGCUCCUAUCAGGCCUACCUGCUGUCAGUGUGCCUGGGCAGCUUCAGCUGUUGUUUGGACCCACUCCUCUAUUACUUUGGCUCAUCUCAGUGUCAGAAACAGGUGAUGACACUGUUGGGAUGUACACGACCGGCAGAGAGCAGCUUGGAGACGCACAACACCAGAGCGGACGGAUCCAGCAAGACGGAGGGUGUUCAGACCAGUCAGGGCAGCCAUUACAGCAGGCUGGAGGCCUGAAGAACGCUUUGAGAUCCUCCUCAAGGAUUCAUAGUCGAUAGAGUUUUUUAUUCUACAUGUUGGACAAUGGAAUAUAUUGGUUUUAUAUUGGGAUAAUACCGAAAUAUUUUAAUAUCCAAAAUAAGAAAACAACGUGAAUAUAACAUUUUCCAUUCUGUAAGAGAAUACAUCUUAAGUUUCAUUCUUAAAAUCUGUAAAUAUGAAAUUGUAAUGCAAAUUUCACACUCUGGUAUGUUAGAGAACUAUAUAAAAGUGUUUUUACGUUCAUUUAUAUUUUAUUGAUGUGAUGUACAGUCAGAAAUAAAGAUACUUUUGCUCACUUGAUGGAUGAAACAUCAUCCAAAUUGAUAGUUUAUUUUGUAAUUUUACAAUUUGGUCUAAAAGUAUUAAAAUGUGAUUAUUUCUCUUUA